CGUGCACCAUAACACCACAAGUAAACUAAACCUGCCGUGUCCAAGCUUCUCUGCUUUCCAAACAUUAAAGAAAAAGCCUUGUAAUGGCAGCAGCUCAGGCAAUCUCCUCUGCUCUUCUUCUUUUCAUUCUUCAGCUACACUUGUAUGGAACUACCGCUGAUUAUGGAGGAUGGGAGAGUGCUCACGCCACUUUCUACGGCGGUGGUGAUGCUUCAGGCACAAUGGGAGGUGCAUGUGGGUAUGGGAACUUGUACAGUCAGGGGUAUGGAACCAACACUGCAGCUCUAAGCACAGCUUUGUUUAACAAUGGCUUGACCUGCGGUGCUUGCUAUGAAAUGCGAUGCAACAAUGACCCCAGAUGGUGCCUGCCUGGCACCAUCACCGUCACCGCCACAAACUUCUGCCCACCGAAUUUCGCUUUGUCCAACGACAAUGGUGGAUGGUGCAAUCCUCCACUCCAACAUUUCGAUAUGGCAGAGCCUGCUUUCUUGCAAAUCGCACAGUACCGCGCCGGAAUAGUGCCGGUAGCCUUUAGAAGAGUGCCCUGUGUGAAGAAAGGAGGCAUAAGAUUCACCAUUAAUGGCCACUCUUACUUCAACCUGGUCCUCAUCACCAACGUAGGCGGUGCAGGGGAUGUCCAUGCCGUCUCGAUCAAGGGCUCUAAAACAGGGUGGCGACCAAUGUCGAGGAACUGGGGCCAAAACUGGCAGAGCAACUCAUAUCUCAAUGGCCAAAGCUUGUCCUUCCAAGUCACCACCAGCGACGGCAGGACUGUGACAAGCUACAACGUGGUGCCUGCUGGUUGGCAGUUUGGUCAGACCUUCGGAGGGGGUCAAUUUUAA